AUGGGGGAACCCACCGAGGAAGGAGAGGAGGACGUCAAGUUGAAUCAGGACUGCGAUCGACGAGAGGAUACGAUUGUGCCAACCAGAAAGGCUAAAACAAGGAGAAUUCAAUCAUCACCGUCGCUCCCUACGGGAGCCACGAUCAUCGUCAGAGCUCCUACAGGUGACGCGUUGUCUCUAGACGGCAACAAUGUGGACAACAAUAACGUUUCCGAAAGUCUCAAUAUACCCCCGUCGCUGUUCUUGGAAUCGCGACCGACUUGCGCCGGCUGUCAGAACUCCAUAAAAGAUCGUUAUUUGCUCUGCGCUCUCGACAAAAUGUGGCAUGAGGACUGCUUGAAGUGUGGAAGUUGUGACUGUCGUUUGGGAGAAGUAGGAUCAACACUGUACUUCAAGAACAAUCUCAUCCUCUGUCGACGGGAUUAUCUCAGGAUCUACGGUACGGCUGGAUUGUGCUCUGCCUGCCACAAAACGAUACCUUCGUUCGAGAUGGUGAUGAGAGCCCGGAGCAACGUCUAUCACCUAGAAUGCUUCGCUUGUCAACAGUGCAAUCAUAGGUUCUGUGUCGGGGACCGUUUCUAUCUGCACAACAACCGGAUUCUUUGCGAGGACGACUACAGUCCUCUGUAUUAUUCGGCUGGAGCUUGAACGCCCGGAUUUCGACAUGGUAACGGCUUCCCUGAUUUGUGAUCGAAUCAACGCAAUCUUUUCGCUGAGU